CUAAGUUUCUCAACCCAAACUACCGAGCCAGCUUUCUUCAAGAACUUCUUCCACCAACGAUACCAUCACAGAGCGCAUAUAAAAUUCAUAGCGCUCGCCCUCCGCAUUCGCAAUAGACUGAUUCUUUCAUUCUCACAACAUAUUCUUCCACCACCAUGUCGCUCUGCAGAGCUACGAUGCGUUCUCCAGUGACAUCAUCCGCCACGGUGCUUCGAUGGAUGAAACAGUCCGCCAACGUCCCCGUCGCACCGAAAUAUCGUCUCUUUUCUUCAUUUGGAAAUGCUUAUCGCUCCUCGAAGCGUGAUAUGCAAACUGCUACAGCCUACCGACCGCAUACCUUGCCCUCUUCCUUCCCGAUCACACCCAACCCUGGGGCUAAGGACACCAUCCCUGCCGAUUUCCUUCCCAUUCGAGAGAUCCCUUCUCAGCAGCUCCCUGAGAUGCGAAGUACCAACUCCAAGACAAGUGUCGAUGGUAGCGAGUCCCAGAAAGCCAAACCAGUAGAUUCUGUCGCUGCUACCCCCAAGUCCGCGGAGAAGUCCCGGAGAAAGCUACGCCCCCGGAAAGCUGCCAUGAAGCUGACCCCUAUUGCAAUUGAACAACUGCGAAGGCUACUGUCACAGCCAGACCCGAAAUUGAUUCGGGUUGGAGUCAAGAAUCGCGGCUGCUCCGGUCUCGCGUACCAUCUGGAGUACGUGGAAAAGCCGGGUUCCUUCGACGAGGUUGUGGAGCAGGAUGGCGUUAAGGUGUUGAUUGAUAGCAAGGCUCUUUUCAGCAUAAUUGGAAGUGAGAUGGAUUGGCAAGAGGAUAAGCUGAGCGCGAGAUUCGUUUUCCGCAAUCCUAAUAUAAAAUGUAUCUUAUUUCCGGGUCCCGCCCUCGAGACUGACCCUCUAUACGUCACAGUUCGAUUCUCAGCUUCAAUACCAGAUCUUCGCCUCGACAUUGAGUCCCCAGAAACCACCACAGCAGCAGGACUCAAACAAGCAAUCCGCACCCGUCUCCCACCGAGUUUAUCCUCCCACCGUCUACGUUUGAUCUACGCCGGUCGUGGUCUCGAAGACACCACCCCUCUCGCCGUUUCCUUAAAACUACCCCCCCCUCCAAACCGAUUCUCCAAGUCCCCGUCACAAUCACAUCACAAUGAUGGAGACCCAGCAAAUCCGAAACAACUAGGGAAAGACAAGGGGAAGGCGCCCGUCCGGGAGCCACCCCGUCUCUAUGUCCAUUGCUCCAUUGGCGAUAUCGUUCUGAGCGCUGCAGACCUUGCAGCGGAAGCUUCCGUAGCUUCCACACUUCAAAAACAAGGACAAUCAUCACAGUCAGACGAUGACUCGCUACAGCGCCAAAAGCAAAACCAACAGGCGUUAUCGACAACGCCCGCCCCACGAGGAUUCGACCGCUUGCUCUCGGCCGGUUUCACGACGGCAGAGGUUGCGGCGCUGCGGUCGCAGUUCAUGGCUAUUCAAGCUGCAUCACGCACCCCUGACACGAUGCCCAGCGGGGCAGAGUUGCACGAGCUCGAGGAUAGAUGGAUGGAUGAAGGGUCAUCCACAAUGGUGGCGGGGGCAGUCGCGGGUCCAGAAGGCGUUUCGUUCCCUGAGGACGAUGGUGGGCUUGGCACAGGGUCGAGAGAGGCUAUCGAUGAUAUGCUCUGGGGGGCAGUCAUGGGGUUCUUCUGGCCUGUGGGUUGUGCGAUGUGGUUGAGGCGAGAGGAAGGAGUAUGGAACUGGCGCAAAGGAUUGGCGGUGUUCGCGGGGGUCUUGCUAAAUAUUGGAUUUGGGGCCAUGCGCAUGAUGAAUUAAUGUCCAUCUGAAUGACCAUUUCUCGUUCUCUUGAUCUUUUUCUUGUUUUAUGAAGGAUUUGAGUUUCAUUAUUCUUAUGCCUGCAUGACUUUUAUCAUUCAUGAUACCCCAUUUUCAUAUUACUUCUAUAAAGUUAGCGAUCUGAGGACAUAUUGCGAAUUCAUAUCUU